AAGCAAAAUUUCACAAAAUUUAUAUAAUUCGAACGAAAGCAGGAAAUAAUCUUCGAAUUUUUUUCUUUUUUUCCAAUUUCCUCUGCUGUUUUCCAGACGAGAGGGGCUGUCCGCUGUUUUGAGCAGUUCCCUCACUUUAUCCGGAGAGAAGACGAGAAGAGAAGAGAAAAGAAGAUUCCGUCGGGAUUCGCCUGUUACUCUUUCGGCUGAGCCGCCGGGCGAGGAAGGUGGUGAUUGCGAGCUCAAACUACAUCGGCUGCUUCUUCGUCUCCGUCCGACAGUGAGUGUUCCGGUGGUCCGCUGUCUAUGUGACGGUCGGUGUGUGUGAUUGAGGCGAUCGGUGGUGGAAGGUGAGCUCCCGAGGCAAAUCUGGGGAGUGAGAGCUCCCGAUUGAGGCGCCUCCCGUGCUGCGCGGAUUUCGUCUCGGGUCUUGUCUGUUUAUUCGGCAUGGACAGCAUGGACAUCGAUUCCCCACCCCAGACUGGCAGCCUCACCAGCCCCGACGAUCGAAUCAGGGCGAAGCUUGCUCAAAUUGGAGUUCCAGAUGAGUAUCUUCGCAGCUUCCAAUCUGUACUAGUUGAUUUUGUCAGGGGUAAUGAGUCUUGGGUACCGCAGCUGGUAUCUGCAAUAUUACCCUCGGACGAGGAAGUAGCAGAGCUUCAACAAAGAUCAAAAGCAGGAUCUAAGAAGACUGCAGGCGCUCUAACAGUGAAGGAGCGGUUAAGGGCAAGUAUGGUUUGGUUGCAGUGGUUGAUGUUUAGGUCUGAACCGACCAAUGCCCUCAAUUACCUUUCUGAGAUGAAUGUUGGUGAGCGUGGUGUUUGUGGUGCUGUCUGGGGAAAUAAUGAUAUCGCAUACCGGUGCCGAACCUGUGAACAGGACCCUACAUGUGCAAUAUGCGUUCCCUGUUUUGAAAAUGGGGACCACAAGGACCAUGAUUAUUCUACUAUAUAUACCGGUGGUGGUUGCUGUGAUUGUGGAGAUAUAACUGCAUGGAAGCGUGAGGGAUUCUGCUCUAGGCAUAAAGGUGCAGAGUGGAUAAGGCCUCUUCCGCCAGAGAUUGCAAAGUCUGUGCAGCCUGUCCUUGAUUUCCUUUUCUCCUGCUGGAGAGAUAAGUUGAUGCUUGCUGAAUCUAUUCGCCAGGAAAGGCGUAAAGCAAGUAAUGAUUCCGUAGAGGGGACAAAAUUUGGAAAUGACCUUACUUUCAUUGUGGUUGAGAUGCUUUUAGAAUUUUGUAAGCACAGUGAGAGUUUGGUGAGUUUUGUUUCGAUUAGGUUAUUCUCAUGUGAUGGCUUAUUGGAUAUUCUGGUGAGAUCUGAGAGGAUUUUGAAUGAAUUGGUAGUAAAGAAGCUCCAUGAGCUCCUACUGAAGUUGCUGGCAGAGCCUUCAUUCAAGUACGAGUUUGCCAAAGCAUUUUUGAGUUACUAUCCAACUGUUGUAUGUGAAGCGGUGAAAGAGUGCAAUGAUGAUGCUUUCAAGGAUUAUGCUGCAAUAUCAACGUUUUCGGUGCAGAUCUUCACAGUGCCCACAUUGACCCCACGACUUGUAAAGGAAAUGAAUUUAUUAGCGAUGCUCUUUGGAUGCUUAGGAGAAAUUUUUGCUUCCACUGCUGGGGAAGAUGGUCGUUUACAGGUCACAAAAUGGCAAGGCCUGUAUGACACCACCAUCCGUGUUGUGGAAGAUAUUCGGUUUGUCAUGAGCCAUGCUGUGGUUCCUAAAUAUAUACUUUGCAAUCAACAAGAUAUCUUGCGAACCUGGAUGAAACUUUUGGCCUUCGUGCAAGGAAUGAACCCGCAGAAGAGAGAAACGGGUAUACCCGCUGAGGAAGAAAUUGAAAAUACGCACUUGCCGUUUGGGUUGUGUUUCUCAAUAGCGAGUAUUCAUUCUCUCUUGGUGAAUGGUGCUUAUUCUGAUGCACAUUUUGAAGAGACGAGUGAUUUCUCUUUGUUCAAUACAUGUCAAAAGAGUAGUGAUGAUGCAGAUAGUUUAAGACAUGCAAAAGUGGGGCGGUUAUCGCAGGAAAGCUCUGCAUGUGGUGUGACGGGGAUGAGCAGCCCAUCUGGGUGUGGAUCUAAGGCUCCUGAUGAUGAUUCUACAACUGAUUUACAACUUAGGGUUCCAGCGCCUGUGUUAUGGUUGAUAUAUGAAUGCUUGAGGGCUUUGGAGAAUUGGUUAUUAGCAGAUAACACCUUAGGCGCCCCUUCAGCCUCAUCUCGGAGCACUAGCCUUGUUUCCAGUAGCAAUUUCUCUGCAUUUAAGAAGCUAUUGAGGAUCAGAAGGGGCAGACACAUAUUUGGUAGGCUUAGCAGUUCAGAUGAUCAACAGGCUCAACAAUCUAGACCAGAAGAUGAUGAUGUCAGUAUGGCUUUAGAAGACGGGAAAGAUUCAGAGCGGGAAGUUAAACUGAUGUUGAGAGAUGAAGGUCAUUCAUUUUCUGGUUCCACUACAAGUUCUGAUAGUAGUGGUGCUGUGGGAGAUGAUCAUGCUCCAGAGUCGGAAGCAUUGCACGUUUUGAGUCUGUCAGAGUGGCCAAAUAUAAUUUAUGAUGUUAGUUCUCAAGAUAUAUCAGUUCACAUUCCAUUACAUCGCUUGCUAUCUCUGCUUCUACAGAGAGCUCUUAAACAAUGUUAUGGUGAAUCUACUAUAUCAAUCCCUUGGCAUCCAUCAGCGAGCUCUUCCAACUUCUUUGAGCAUAUCCUGGGACGAUGCCACCCUUUAGGUUUUUCUGCAUUUACUAUGGAGCAUCCGCUACGUAUUAGGGUCUUUGUUGCAGAGGUUCAUGCUGGAAUGUGGAAGAAGAAUGGGGAGGCUGCUCUAUUGUCCUGCGAGUGGUAUCGUUCUGUUCGAUGGUCUGAGCAGGGUUUGGAGCUUGACCUUUUUAUGCUGCAGUGCUGUGCUGCAUUGGCUCCACCGGAUCUCUAUGUUAAAAGGAUUUUAGAACGUUUUGGACUCUCAAACUACCUAUCUCUGAAUCCGGCACGCGCUAGCGAGUAUGAACCAGUUCUUGUACAGGAAAUGCUCACUCUUAUCAUUCAAAUAGUUAAAGAAAGGCGGUUUUGUGGACUAACCACAUCCGAAAGCUUGAGAAGAGAGUUAGUUUAUAAGUUGGCUGCUGGAGAUGCUACUCAUAGUCAACUUGUCAAAGCUCUCCCCCGUGACCUGUCAAAAUUUUCCAGGCUUCAAGAAGUUUUGGAUACAGUUGCUUCGUAUUCCAAUCCCUCUGGCUACAAUCAGGGCAUGUAUUCACUGAGAUGGCCAUAUUGGAAAGAACUGGAUUUGUACCAUCCUCGUUGGAACUCUAGAGAUCUCCAAGUGGCAGAAGAAAGAUAUGCUCGAUUCUGUAGUGUGUCAGCAGUAACAGCGCAGCUGCCUAGAUGGACUCCCAUUUAUGCACCUCUGUCAAGGAUUGCUGGAGUAGCUACAUGUAAAAUGAUCCUUCAAAUAAUCCGGGCAGUCCUAUUUUACGCUGUUUUGAAUGAUAAACCAUCUGAAUCUCGAGCGCCAGAUACUGUCCUUAUACCAGCACUGCAUUUGUUCUCUCUUGCAUUGGACAUUUGCUUUCAACUGAGGGAAUCCAAUAAGUUAUUAUCUUAUGUUGGAGAUUCAUUACCGAUAUUAGCCUUUGCUACUGAAGAAGUCGCUGAUGGCUUGGCGUAUGGUUUUGGUGAGCUGAGCUUGUUGUCACUUCUUGUUAUGCUGAAGAAGUUGCACAAGAGAGACGGAGAGAGCCUCGCAGAUGCGGGCAGCUGUGACCUAUCAUCUUUGGUUGAGAACCUACUGAAAAAGUGUGCUGAGCUCGACUCCAGCUGCAUGACCAAAUUGCAGCAACUUGCACCAGAAUUGGUAAAUCAGCUCUCUCAGUCAGCUUUGAACAUUGAUAUGGGCAGCUCCGGUUCAGCUUCUGAUGGCGAGAAACGCAAGGCAAAAGCUCGACAGAGGCAGGCUGCCAUAAUGGCAAAAAUGAGAGCGGAGCAGUCAAAGUUUUUAGCUAGCAUUGAUUCAUCGGGUGAGGGUUUAUCCUCUGCAGAAGAGGUUACCCAGUCAGUUGCCACAAAUGAGACACAGGAGUCUGCUCGGGAUGUAUGCUCUCUUUGUCAUGAUACCACCUCCAAGAUUCCCCUUUCUUUCUUGAUUCAUCUUCAGAAAUCAAGGCUUGCCAGUCUCGUGGAUAGGGGCCCACUAUCAUGGGACAGAGUUCAACAGCCUGAUAAAGAUCAUAUUAAUAUUGUGAAUAGCAAGGACAGUGAUCAAUGUGGAGCUGCCUCUUUAGCAAGUGUUCCAGAAGCCAUAUCUCAUUCACAAUUGGACCAAUUGGUUCAAAAUGCCGUUCGUAGAUUCGCUUCUUAUGGCCAUUCAGGUGAAGUGAAUGCCUUUAUAGAAUUUGUCAAGGCUGAAAUCCCUUCAAUAAAGAAUCUCCACCCGCCAUGCAUAUCAGCUGAUAGAAAGGAGGGCAGUGAAUAUAAAUUCGAGACAUUGGAACAAGAUAUGUACCUGUGGAUCAAGAAAAACCUGCAUUCAAACCCGCAACUUUUAGGAUCAGUUGGAGCAGUUAAUUUUACAGCAGCGGAAGGGGUUGUAGGGGAACAAACGGAUGCUGAAAAUAUUCUAUUUGGGAAGUACGUAGCUUUUCUUAAACGAGAAAGAGCAGAAAACCCUUCAGCUUCUGAAAAUGCCCGUGAUGAAGAUGUGACAGAGGUGUCUAUGGAAAAUAUUUCGGCAUUUGAUGGAUUUGGUCCUGUAGACUGUGAUGGGAUAUAUCUCUCUUCCUGUGGUCAUGCUGUGCACCACGGAUGUCUAGAUCGCUACUUAUCCUCUCUGAAGGAAAGAUACAUUCGAAGAAUCGUGUUCGAGGGGGGGCAUAUAGUGGAUCUGGAUCAGGGUGAAUUUCUCUGCCCCGUUUGUCGACGGCUUGCAAAUUCUGUCUUGCCUGCAGUGCCUUCUGGUUCUGGAGUAGCUUGGAAUCAACCUCCGAGUUUAAGCCUUAAUUUGUCGCAAUGCCCUUCUGCAGCAGGAAGUGAUAUUACUUGUCUUCACCUUCCACGGGCCCUGUUUUUGUUGCAAUCAGUGGCUGAGAUGGUUAAUAAGGGUGAAAUAUUUAAAGCUUUUUCCUUGCAGUGUAAUGCAAGACUGAAGUUGAGACUUGAAUCAUUUGUUGGUGUGCUGUCGAAGAUGUAUUUUCCAAGAAAACAAGAGAAAUUGUUAGGAUCAGCGAGGACAAGCCGCUCAAUUAUUAUGUGGGAUACUCUUCGGUACUCCAUUAUAUCAACAGAAAUAGCUGCUCGCACUGGAAGGACUUCUCUUGCACCAAAUGUUUCUCUCAAUAACUUAUACAAGGAACUUACAUCUUCUGGAAAAUUUAUUUUGUCCUUGUUUCUGAAAAUUGUGCAAAGCACGAGGACAGAGAAUGCUCUAGAUGUUCUUCAAAGGUUUAGGGGUAUCAAGCUCUUCGCAGAUUCUAUUUGCUCUGGAAUUUCUUCAGAUUACCCAAGCAACCUUGAUGAGCAACGAGGUAAUCUGUUUUGGAUCUUGAAAGAUGCAGAGAAGGAAAUAUCAUAUGUUGAUACCCAGUUCUGGAGACGAGCAGUUGAACCAGUCCUUGCUCAUGACCCUUUCUCAUCCUUGAUGUGGGUUCUGUUUUGUCUUCCUUUCCCCUUCUUAUUUAGCGAGGAGUCCUUUCUAUCUCUUGUGCACAUCUUCUAUGCAGUCUCUGUUGCUCAGGUUAUAGCUACAUAUACUUGGAAAUCCGGAUUCAAGCUGGAUGAAUCAGAUCUCCGUGACUGUCUAAUUGCUGAUAUCUACAAAAUAAUGGCAGAGUCUAGGUUCCCAGACAAGUAUUUUGUUUCCAAUCACAUGGACUCCUCUUAUAGCAUAAGAAGUGCAAUUCAGAGAUUCACUUUUCCUUACUUGCGGAGGUGCUUGUUGCUGUGGAAGCUGGUGAAUUCCUCAACACCUGCACCGUUCUCUGAUAUGAAUCGUGAAUUGGAUGCAACUUUCCAGGCUAUGGAUAACAUGGAUGAGUCUAGUGAUGUCCUCGAGCUUAGAGGGGUUCAGGAGCUUGAGAAAAUGUUCAAGAUCCCUUCAGUUGAUAUUGUUCUCAAGGAUCAAAAUAUUCGGCAUCUCGUUCAAAGAUGGUUCCAUCACUUAUUCAAGGAGUUUGAACUUAAUAGAUUCAAAUGGGUUGUUCAUUGCACCCGUGCAAGUCCUUUUAAGUUGAUGGAGCUGCCUCAUGUGUACCAGGAUCUUUUGCGGAGGUAUAUAAAGCAGCGGUGCCCCGACUGCAAUUCUGUUCUGGAGGAGCCAGCAUUGUGCUUGUUGUGUGGUAGAUUAUGCUCGCCGACCUGGAAACCAUGCUGCAGGGAAAGUGGAUGUCAAGCUCAUUCAACUGCCUGUGGUGCUGGUACCGGUGUGUUCCUAAUGAUUAGGAGAACAACCAUAUUGCUCCAAAGAUCUGCGAGGCAGGCGCCUUGGCCAUCUCCGUAUCUAGAUGCAUUUGGUGAAGAGGAUAUUGAAAUGCACCGGGGGAAGCCUCUGUACUUGAAUGAGGAACGCUAUGCUGCUCUAAAUUAUAUGGUGGCUUCUCAUGGAUUUGACCGAAGCUCCAAGGUUCUCCGUCAGACAACUCUCGGUGCCUUUCUGCUGUAGGUCGGCCCCUCAAGUGUCUUUAGAAGAGGUUAACAUUGGUGGUUUUCUGCUCGGUCCCAUCGGUGGGAAGCAACUGGUGUGAAUCUGAUGUAAUUAGUUUUGCCUUUGUACAUUCUCAGCUGAGUCCUCUAAUUUGGAGUGAUGUCUCUUUUUUAUCCGUAAUACAAAUAUAAAUAUAUAAAUAUAUAUAUAUAUUUUAUCGUCAUUGGCAGUUCAGUUUUUCUUA